AUGUCACGCUCAACUACAGCUGAGGACAACCGUUUGGCAAGUCAGUGUAGUUGUAAGGGAGUGGGGGAGAGAGUCAGUCUGAGUUCUCUGUCUGCCCAGGUGUGGUGUCCUUACAUGAAGAAGAAUGUGGAGGCCUUUGAAACGGUUCAGUGCAGGGCAACAAAAUUGGUACCAGCCAUCCCUAAAACUGCCAGCCCGCAAUCCUUAAAUGACCUUAGACCAGUCACUAUCACACCCAUCCCUAGCCUCAUCUGUGAAGACUUUAGCCCGUACCAAGAGUCACAAAGGUUUAGGGUUGAGGGUAGAAUGGAAGACAUUCAGCAAUUUGGCAAUAUCAGAGCCACCUCUACCUCUCACUACCUAAUCAGCUUCCUUGACUUCAUUCAUAGUCAGCUGGACAAGUGGAACACCUCUCUAGCAGUUGUUUUUGUAGACUUCAAGAAAGCUUUUGAUAUAGUUGACCACACUGUUGUCAUCAAAGCCAUCAGUGUGGGUCUCCCUUCUCACCUGACAGCAUGGCUGGCUGACUUCCUCACGGAAUGCCGGCAAGCUGUACAUUUUCAGAAGCACACAUCCUCUUACCAACAGCUAACGUGUGGCAUUCCUCGGGACACCAAGAUGGGUCCACUCUGUUUCUUGAUACUGAUUAAUGACGCUCUGACAAACACCCCUCACCACUGGAAGUAUGUUGAUGACUGCACCGUGGGUGUGUCACUUGCCAACAAAAACCCAGACUACUCGGCACUUCAAACAACGUUGAACAGCCUGCAGGAGUGGUCGGCAGAAAGCAGGAUGACAGUCAACCACACCAAACCGUAG